CCAGGAGACCUCCACGCACCUCCCCCCUCAUAUACCCGCCCUCGACAUAGUCUCUCCUCAUCCUCACGACCCCCAGUACUCUCUCUUUCACAACUAUGGUCACCAUUGAGAAAGGCUUUGAGCGGCUCAAGAACUCGCGCAGCGUCCAGAGCUUCAGGGAGCUGCGUUCGCGCCCUCCGCGCCCGCUCAAGAAGUACAUCGAAAUCUCGCUCGCGGCAUGCUUCCUCUUCUUCUCCGCAUUCCUUCUUUACCUCCUCGUCGCACUCGGUACACCCAUCAUCAAGGAGAUCUUCAUCUUCCGCAUCAAGUUCACCCAGGAAGACGGCACCGUUCCUUCUACGACCGCGACAGACCUCCGCUUCGGCGUAUGGGGCGUCUGCGCGUACAGCGAGCUCCCCGGCUUCGUUGAGUGCUAUGGCCCGACGCUGGGGUACACCAUUCCUGAUAGCAUCCUCAACAUCACCGGCUAUCCUGCGCUCGUCGAGGAUGUCGACAAGGUGCUCACCGGCAUCCUCGUCCUCCACCCCAUCACAGCCGGGCUCGCAUUCGCGGUCAUGUUCACCUCGCUCUUCCUCGAGUCCCACGCGAUGUGCAUCAUCUCACUCGUGCUGUCGAUCAUCACCAUCCUUGCUGGCUCGCUCGUCUUCGCGAUUGACCUUGCACUCGGCAUUAUUGGGCGCAUCAAGAUCUCUGCGCUCUCGAAUUACGCGUAUGCCGUCAGCUGGGGUCCUGGGGUAUGGAUGAUCCUCGCAGCGGUCAUCUGCCUGUUCGCGGGCAUGAUUCUGUUCAGCGUCACGGUGUGCGAGUGCUGCGGAGUGCGGGAGUAUGAUGAGAAGGACGAGGAAGUGGAGACUCUGGCCGAGGCGUAGCGCGGAGACUUCCUACGCCCUUUGGUGACGCCCACAACUUCUCUGAUGCCAAUCUGCGACUCUCCAGAUCCAACCCAGAGCUCGCCUCGCGAGUCCGAUGUUUCACGACCGUCA